ACGGAAGUAGAUAGCUCUUUUUAUUUGAAUAUUAUACAACAGUCAAUUUUCGUUUCAAUAUGGUGCUUCGUUUAAAAUGGGAAUUGUUAAAUGUCUCGUGAGGGUACGAAGCUAUUAAAAAAAUGUUUUUUUUUUUUUUAUUAAAGUUAUAGGAGGAAACUGUAUGGAGUAAAUAAUUUGAUUAUAAAAAAGGGAGAUUUGGAGAACGUUAAUGUUUUAUUUAUAUAAUAAAAUAACAUUUGUUUAGACCUAUAUUAACGUAAAUCGUUGAAUUGUAAUACAGGAUUUCAUAGCACACUGAACUUUGAAUAAUGGGAAAUUUGACUGUAAUUUAUUAGAAACAAAUGAAUUUUAAUGUAACAUUUUACCAUAGAACUGGUCUGUAAAUUUCAGAAAGUUUUGAUCGCGCUGUAAUCGAAUACAAGUGGAAAAAAGCUCACUAAUCGAUUGGUCGUAUCGUCACGAAGAUAUAAUGAACACGAUAACAAUUCUGGUAUUUUAAUAUGAUUCUUUUCGUCCUGAUAUAAUGACGUUGAAAGAAGAAAACAAAUGAUUAAAACAUGAGGAUGCACGAUAAAAAUAGUCUGCGUUAGGUCUGGGUUAGGUUACGGUACAAUCAUUCAAUGAUUAUUUCCAAUUUAAUGGUAUCGUAGCAUUUGUUCGUUAAUUUGUUUACGUCGUCGACCAUCGAAUAUUUAUGAACUGGAAGUUCUAGUUGUUCGGAGUAACUCCAAUCGUUACUUUUUUUUUUUUGUAGAACACAGUGUUUCGUAAUUUCACGUGACUGAAAACUGAAUCUUCGUGCUCUAGAAUUCUAAGAAAUCGAAUUUUGCAAUGACUUAUAAAUCACGUGGAAAACAACGGUUUCGCGAGAAAAGCAAUCAACGCCGCUAUGAUUAAUUGCAGCUAUUUACAAUUAUAAGUAACACGUCGUGGAAGUUUUUAUUGGUACGAUCAUAUUCGAUUAGUAUUGCUGGAUAUUGUUGAUAUCAGUGCAGGAUGGAAAAGUUUUCUAAUCGUGUCAUCUACGAAUGUAUUGAUCACACUUUACUUGAUUCCAAAAUAAAAAGUUCCUGCAAAGUUACAAUUUCCAAUAGCAAACGAACCAUAGGCUUACCGACAUAUUUGUAUUACAUUUUCUUGCCAACUUUUUUUCAUACCUAUUUGCAUAUGCAGUUUGAACGGUACCUAUUGUAAAAUUGCAAUAGUAUAGUGAAUACUAGCAUUUCAUUUGAUUUUGAAGUUUUUAUGUUUUUCCUACCACCCAGUAAAACAAAUCAAUUUUUAAUAAAAGAGUAUGCAAUAUGGGACGUUCAAAUUUUAAUACUUGAAUACAAUACACAUAUUUUAAUGUGUACCAAGUGAAAUUUGCGUUGAAAAACAUUGGAAAAUGACGUCGAAUCAAAUUUUCCUUUAAACAGUAUCUAUUUUUGUUGGCUGUCAUUGAACUUCAGAACGUACUAUGCUCGACUUUGUACAGAAUAUUGUUAUACGUGUUACGUAAAUUGCAGCAGGGAAUUUUUAAUAGAAAAUUAUUUAAAAAACAAAAAUUAGUAAUUAGUCAUCACGUCAUUUAACCAUAUCCAACAUCAAACCUUUCCAAAGGCUUCAAUUAUUUCAAAAUCAUGACGUUAUUAAUUUAGCAAAGACAGGUUAUUAAAAGAACGCACUGUGCACGGAUAUCGAAAGGGUUCGAUAUAUCAUCGUUCAUUUGUAAACAUCGAUGCUCGUUUGUCGAUCGUUCUUCGGCAAUGUGACGCAAAGAAUUUUCGGUUCAUCAUUUCGAACAAAAAUUUAUCGUAUAUCCCAUUAAAGAAUUCAAGAUCAACGAAUUAUGAAUCGAACAUCGUAUCUCUAUGAAUAAGGUUCCUGGAAGCACAAGGUUCGCAGAUUAUCUGCGUGCCAGUUUAUUAUAUUCGUUGUUAAGGUAAGCAGUUCCUCGAGCAUUUUCUUAUUUUCUUUUUUCCUCCUCUUUCUUGUUUUGUAACAAUACUUCUCACGAAUAAUUGCGUGAGAAUGUCUCUUUAAACUUGAAUUUCAGUACUUUUUUAUUUCAUUCUGAGAAUCAAUUAUGGUCUUUGCGUGGCCUUGACUAAAAUUUAUUGCAAUUCGUUUUUCUAUUAAAUUUGCUUUUGGAAGCACCAGUUAUUCUAGAAAUAAUUAUUGCAUCAUUCAUCGGAACAAUUGUUUAAAUAAGUUAGAAUUUUUUUUAAUUUCUUGGGUAUUAUUUGAACCCAAUACCUGAUUCUUUUUUGGUACAUAUUUUUUUGAAAAUACAAAAUCAGAGCGACGCUUCAAUGUUGUAUUGAACUAUGGUCAGCUCAGAAAAGUAGGACGCAUCGACGUCAUUUCUAAGCCAAGUAUACUGACGACAUAACUCAUCGAUAUUAUCAUUUGGAGCGUAAGUUUUACGCGUCACCGAUUGAAAUAAAUUUCCUUCAAGUGCAUUCAAAAUCAUUCAGUUUGAAAAGUAAUUGUCUAUACGUACUUAUUUGCAUAAUGAUUGUUCCUAGUUACUGUAUAGAUUCACUUUGAAAUUAUACUUGUUAUUCUAUACAUUUAAAAAAUUCUACUGUCAAAUUAAAUUAUUCUUUUUAAUCCACUCCUUAUCACUUUACCUUUGUAAGUAUGAAUACUGUUAAUUAUUUAACGAUUACGCUAAAUGGCUAAUAAACAGUUCGUGAUUGGUCGACAUGUUUACGUCAAGAGUAUCAUUUAAAAAAAAUGAUAACCGUGACAAAUUUUAGAUUACACAGUUUCUGAUUACAUAAAAAUAAAAUUUAGAUUUCACACGAAGUUUCUCCUUUUUUUUUCUCUCUCUUUAACUUUAAUUAUUGUUUUUUAAAAUAGUCAGAAAACUCUGCAACCAUGGUGAGCGAAUCGGCGAAAACUCUAGCGUUGGUGGUCUCCGCGAUCAAAAAUCUUCGCGAGGCGAGGGGCUCCUCGUCGCGGGAGAUUUUGCGCUACAUAUCGUCCGUCUAUGACAUUCCAUUGCAAGUGGCGCGCCGCCAGAUGCUGACAGCCCUGAAGCGCGGCGUGUCGUACGGCAUUUUGAAGAAAAACGGCGGUAAUUACGUUCUGCCGACGACCAACGAGACCAAGUGCCAGGAAAUCGCCGCGCAGGAGCUCAGCCUGCUGGAUCACUGUCGCAACAGCCGAAGACAGAGGAAAAUGGGUUGCAAGUGCAAGAGGAAGCGACGCAGACGAAGACGACGGAAGAAGAGCUGCAAGUGUAAGAGGAGAUCCAGUAGGAGAAGGUCCAGGAGAAGGUCCAGGAGAAGGUCCAGGAGAAGGUCCAGGAGACGAUCCAGCAGGAGGAGGAGGUGCAUGAGGAGGAAGUCCAGCAGGAGAAGGUCCAGCAGGAGAAGGUCCAGCAGGAGAAGGUCCAGUAGGAGAAGGUCCAGAAGGAGGAGAAGCAGGGGCUGCAAGAGGAGGCGGAGUAGCAGGCGCUAUAAAAGGAGACGCAGGAGCAGGGGUUGCAAGAGAAGGUCGAGGAAGAGGAAGUGUCGAUGCGGUGGUCUUGGAAAUAGACGCGACAGCAAUCGAAUGAAGACGGUCGAGGCUCAUCGACCGUACGAACAACUAAUUGACAAGAAAUCUUCCGAGCCGGAGCUCGACGCUAAUGAUUCUGGGGCCAGCCAGUGCAGCUCCCUGUCCACUGUCUCGUCGAUUACAGAUUAAACGUCUUCGUUCGCGCGAUUCGUCGGAUCGUCUUAUAUCAGGAAGCUUAUCGACGUAUUUAGAACACGUGACCGUUCUCAAGGAAUCCCCUUUCGUGUAAACCCCUCACCAGUCAUUAGGUAUACCCACCAAUGAAGUUAAGAGGUAAUUUAUUUAGGGCUGAGUGUCCGGGGUUGUUUUGAGGGUGACUUGUACGAUACAGAAUAUUAAUUUACAGAAAUUAGGGGAGGGGGCAGUUCUUUGUAAGAAUUUUGAUAAGAAUUUCUUUAUACUUUUUUUUUAUAGAACUUUCGUGUUAGGCUGCAAGGUUACUGAUAUACUGUUUUUCAACACUUAUUUCGACGUAAUUUUAUUUUUAUUAAAACUAAUAUUUUCUAAUCGUUCUAAAUAUCUUCUUUGAUUGUAACAACAUCAGAAAUGUUUUAUACGAACUUGAAUGAUCUCAAAGAUCAGAUAGGCUCCAACAACCAUUUAUCUUUAACAUCUAAAUCGUUUAAUUUAAUAAUUAAGAUGAUUUUUAUUAAUUCAUAUCGUCCGGUUCAGAAAAAUAGUGGAUAUUAAUCACUCUUUAAUUUCUUUUACAUUUUAUUCUUCUCGACGGUUUCUCUUGUACAAAUAAGUUUUCAUCGAUGAUUAAUUAAGCAUAUCUUAUAAUAGGUUAAUAUUUUUUCAGUCGUACAAGAGGCACUGCAGAACCAUUUCGAGAAGCACAGGUUAAAUUCUAGUCGCUUGUUUCAACGCAGAGGAUCGAGAAGAACGAAGUAUUUAGAAAAUGUAUUUCUUGGACAUUUUUUAUGAAUAUUUAUUUUGCUAGUCUAUUUACAUUGGAAUUUCGUAUCGUUUUUACUUCACAGUUACAUUGUACAAUGACCGAAUCACGUCUAUAAUACUCUGUACGUGUCAGCACAUUAAACAAAUACAAUUUUGUAAUAGUAGUAAUGAAAGUAAAAACAGACUUUCAAUUAAUUUUUAAUUAAUUUUUCCGUUUUCAUCGUUUCAUCGCUCAAGUACGCUGGCGUUUCUGUUAGUAGGAUGUAAUCUGAUAGAGGCUGCGAAUAGUUAACUAGUUGAAAUGUGCUUUGGUUCGGAAUAUUAUAGUUGUGUCCUAAUCCCCCUCAAAGUUAACUGCACUUCUAACUACCAAAGACAACUUCAGGUACAAAUCAGCCCAGAUACAACAAUGAUUAUGGAGAACUUUCUUGAUAAUUGUUUGGGGUAGUCGAAGAAGCUUCCUGCUUUAUUAAUGUCUCGAUAGCAAGGAAUUAUUUUAGUUUGAUUCUCGUGUGAUUGUUUGGGGUAGUCGAUGAAGCUUCCUCCCUCACCGAUAUAUCGAAAGCAUAUAUUUCAGCUAUUAAUCCUACAAUUAAACAACCAUUACUCUCGAAACGUGAUCAAUGCUAACGAAAUCUGUCAAACUUUUCAUCGAAAUUCUACUCCAAUUGAAUGAAAAGUUCACUCGUUGGAUCCGCGCAGCCGAUCGAGUGGCACUUUUGCGACUAAAAACCGAUUUUAAGUGGCCGAUAUUCGGUUACCACCGAUGAAUCGUAGCCUCGAGGAGUGCCCUCGAGCGAGCCGAGUUUGUACAAUAUUAGAAAUAAUUUUCGUGUAGCUGUCUCGUAAAUACCAGGUAAUUAAGUCGCGUCGACAACUGCGGGAAACCUAAUUCGAUUAUAUCGAGACCUGUAGCAAAAAAAGGAAUCAAGGCAACCAGUUCUCCGCUUUAUUUGCUCUUUCCUUAUUUAAGGCUUAUUUAACGUUUAUAGGCAGGUUGAGCGUUUUUUUCAUUUUCCUCUACUUAGCAAUAAUUUAAAGCUUUCCUGCCAGUAAGAAUCAUUAAUAAUGUCUGAACGAUAUGAUUUUAAUUGGUCUUUGGAAAAAUGUAAAUCUGCGAACUGGUAAUUAGACUGAGGAUUUAUGCAGUUAUGGUAAAUAGAAAUUAAAUGUGAAAAUAUGGAAUGUACAUAAAAUAAUAAAAUACUUGUUACACUGUUCAGAAGAUAAGACAUACUUGCAUUUAAAUCUCAAUUCAUCAUUUGAAUCUUUAAAAACAUGAAUUUGCAUAAAAACUUUCACUCUAGUGAUAUUCGUACAUAGUACGUUGCGAAAUUUGUCUCGCGACCAUUAAAAGAAAUUCAGCUCGUAUAUGGUUAAUACGAUCUCGGAACUCUUGAGAGAAGUGGUCGAAAGUGGAUUUCUGGUGAGAUCCGAUGAGAAACAGAAGAAUCGACGCUACGAAGCGUGCAGUUUACUGCUUCAGCGGUAUUUUAUUGAGCCAUUCUUGGAUCGGACAGUGACUUGUGACGAGAAAUGGGUAAUGUAUGGUAAUGGACGACAAUCCCCUGAAUGGCUGGACCAUCGAAGUCCAUGUCGAAAUCGAAGUUAUACUCCACGACGGUAACGCUCUGGCUCGUGAUCAAUGGCUUAUGUUAUUGAUUAGAUCUCUUAAGAACGAUGUGAAUAUACAGAGUGUCCUAGACAAAAAUCAUGGAAGGUAUUUUAAUAACGUAAAGCGAAUUAAAGUACAUCGAAAUAAAAAUGACGAGCAAAAGCAGUCGAUGUAAGAAUUAUAAUGGCUUAAAUAUUCUUGAAGAAAUUUGUGUUCUUUAAAAAAAUAAUAUCAAAAUCUGGAUCUACGGUCUAUCGUUGAAAUUUCGUCCCAGAGUUUUCAAUUAUUAUCAGUAUUGAGUUUUUCUUUAUUACUUAAGGAGCGAUUUUUAAUCAUACAUUAAGCUUUGAACAACUAUAAUCAAUGUCUUUCUACCUAAGAUGAGAUACAAAAACCAGAAUAAUGAAAUCAGAGUUGAUCGAGACCGAACUAAGAAAGCAAUUAGGGGAUAACUAAUUAAAUUCGUUGCGGUGUGAAUUACCGAGGGAUGCAAUUUGGUGAAUUGGGUACUCUACCCGUAAGUAGAGGAUUU